AUGUCAGGCAUUAUCAGAUUCAUUACACCAGUCAACAGAAUGUUGAGCAUGAACACUGUUCAACGUCAAACUGGUACACUCUUCAUGAACAACUUUAUGAUGCAGACUCAGAUGCCAAUCAAUGUCAUCCCAGAGCAACAGACACAGCAAGAGUCAUUCGAGACUGUCAUGAACAAGACAUCAAGAAAGACACUCAAGAAGCAUAGAAAGAGAAUCAAUGGCACAAGAUCAAACAUGAGUCGUUGU